AUGAGCUUACGUAGUAAUAUUACCUCCAGCAAGCCACUCGAACGAUGUGUGUCGGUAGCCGUAGACGAGGAUCGGUUUGUGCAACUCGCGCGUCCGAAUAUCCAUCGCCAACUCUCUGGGAUAUCAGAACGUAGUUUUUGUCCUUUUUUUGUCCCGUCGUAAAAAUAUCUGCGCAAUCAGAUCGCGAGGAUGGUCGAGGGCACAGGUCUCGAGAGCAACCUCGCGGCCAUCGGCGGCGGCGGAUGCUCGACGCUGGACCUCAUGAAGCGGCUCGAGAAGCCGUCGGUGCCACUGCAAGUGCUCUCGGAGAUGGAGCACAUCCUCCACAGCGAUAAGCUCCACCGGCAGCUGCAGCGCGCGCGGCGCGGCGACGCGCUGAUUGCAGACAUCACCAAGCUCGGUGACGUCGAGGAGGCUCGUAAGAAGCUUCGCCCGGUCUUCGUACCCGACAAGCCCCAAGUCCGCACACUACGGGCAAGUCGGCUUCUGGGGCCAGAGAACAACAAGAAGAUCAUUACGUCGCUCGUGCGCCCUCUGCCGUCAACGCGCGGCCCCCCGUCUGACGCCACGCUCGCGCCGAUGAGCUUCCCGCCAAGCGCGUCGGCGCCGGUGCUGCCCACGGUGCAGUUGACGGCAGCAGAGAAGGAGCUCGCGGCGCUCAAGGGCACGCGGAUAGCGCUCGAGCACGAUUUGCUGCACGUGACCAAACAGCUGUACCACAAGUACGAAAAGCAGGUGUUUCCGGGCGCGCACAGCAAGGGCGCCACGUACCAGUCGCUGAGCAAGCGCUGGGCCGCGCCGACGCUCUCGGACAGCGACAAGUACGCUGCGUACAUGGACGGCCGGUACGCGACGCGCAACGACCUCGAGUUUUACAAGAAGGCACCGCCGCCCAAAGACGAGUCCAACAGCUUCCACCGCAAGCACAAGCAGCACACCAAGUACGGCGACUCGCUCGCCUUUGCCAAGCACAGUCUGCGUGGCACGUUCUAGCACGUGUCGGAACAAAGAAUUCUUGAUCGGCUACCACCUGUUGCGAUAUAACGGGGUGGUAUUAGCGGUAAAAGGCGCCGAUCCUAUCGUUCUCGAGA